AUGUUAAAAGAGAGAUCCCAAGAGGUUACUAAGUUUCCACGUAAUAAAAUUUUGGUUGCAUUCAGCAAAUAUGAGAAACAUGAGAAAGAAGUAGUUCUCAAAAGUGUAUUUGGUGAGUUGUCCAAGGAUACUUUUGGGAAUGAACAGAAAAUCCUGAAAGGUCUAACCUGGAAAACCAAAUACUAUACGUUGGUAUAUGAUCUGUAUAUCGAUGAGUAUGAAAGUUUGAAGGACUGGCUUGCUGAUUUGAAAAGCGAUGAGUACAUCGAAUUGAGAGACGUCCUUGCAGGAAUAAUGGUCUUUGAUAAAUUUACCGACACACUGCAAUUUCAAGAUAUUUCGCAGAUACUAGAGACUCCAGAGCUUGAGAAGUGCUUCAAAAUUUGUUGCAACGUUGACAAACAUGCCGAUGGGCUAGGAAUGAGUAAAAUCAAUGAUGAAUUUGCCCAACGUCUGACAACUUUGGAAGUCGUCAACUGGAGCACCUGCGAUGAGCUUGACGAAUACGGUGAAAAGAACGGCAAGGCAAGAAUUAAAGAAAUCAUAGACACACACGAUUGGUCUGCGUGUAGCGUACCACUCGAAUUGGCUAAUUCAAAUGACAUUCCAGCUGGAGAUACCGAAGCUGAGGAUGACCUUAAUAUAGAAGUGAUCUUGAGAAAAUUGCAACAGGCUCGUUUGCGCUUUGCCAGCCAGGAGCUUGAUGAAAAGGACGCAUCCACUUUGGCUGAAGAAGUAGCCGGUGAAAUAAUGAAAUAUGUUUGA